GAGUGCUUAAAGGGCCUGGUCAGCUGACUGACUCCAGCCCGGGUUUAUCCUGGGGGCCAGGCGCGCGCCCGCCGCGGGGAGAAAUGACAGCCCAGCGGCCCGGCUCGGUGCUCCGGGGCGGCCCCGAGAGGCCGCGGAGGCCGGGGCUCUGGGGAGUCUGUGGGGUUCAGGUAUUUGCCGCGAUCUUCCCGCUGCUGUUGUCCGCGGCAGUGGCCGCGGCGUGGGACGAGAACGACUUCAGGCUGGUGCAGCCGCUGGUGACCAUGGAGCAGCUGCUGUGGGUGAGCGGGCGGCGGAUGGCGGCUGUGGACACCUUCCGCAUCCCGCUCAUCGCGGCCACCCCGCGGGGCACGCUCCUCGCCUUUGCCGAGGCCAGGAAGAUGUCCACGUCGGACGAGGGGGCCAAGUUCAUCGCUCUGCGGAGGUCCACAGACCAGGGCAGCACGUGGUCUCCUACAGCGUUCAUCGUGGACGAUGGGGAGACCCCUGACGGGCUGAACCUGGGGGCCGUGGUGAGCGACGUGGAGACGGGAGUGGUGUUCCUUUUCUACUCCCUCUGCGCUCACAAGGCCGGCUGCCAGGUGGCCUCCACCAUGUUGGUGUGGAGCAAGGACGACGGGGUCUCCUGGAGCCCGCCCCGGAACCUCUCGCUGGACAUCGGCACCGAGAUGUUCGCCCCCGGGCCGGGCUCCGGCAUUCAGAAGCAGCGAGAGCCACGGAAGGGUCGGCUCAUCGUGUGUGGCCACGGGACGCUGGAGCGGGACGGGGUCUUCUGCCUCCUCAGCGACGACCACGGCGCCUCCUGGCGCUACGGCAGCGGGCUCCGCGGCAUCCCCUACGGCCAGCCCAAGCGGGAAAACGACUUCAACCCCGAUGAGUGCCAGCCCUACGAGCUCCCGGACGGCUCCGUGGUCAUCAACGCCCGGAACCAGAACAACUACCACUGCCGCUGCCGAAUCAUCCUCCGCAGCUACGACGCCUGUGACACGCUGAGGCCCCGCGACGUGACCUUCGACCCCGAGCUGGUGGACCCCGUGGUUGCCGCAGGAGCUGUAGCCACCAGCUCCGGCAUUGUCUUCUUCUCCAACCCGGCCCACCCGGAGCAACGCGUGAACCUGACCCUGCGCUGGAGCUUCAGCAACGGCAGCUCCUGGAGGAGAGAGACCGUGCAGCUCUGGCCGGGGCCCAGCGGCUACUCGUCGCUGGCCGCGCUGGAGGGCGGCGUGGGCGGGCCGGGCCUGGCCCCCCAGCUCUUCGUCCUGUACGAGAAAGGCCGCAGCUCCUGCACCGAGAGCAUCUCCCUGGCCAAGGUCAGCGUGUACGGGACGCUCUGAGCCUGCGCCCGGCCCGAAGGCGCGGCCCCGCGGCCCGGCGCCCGAAAGACGGCCCCACCUUCCUUUAGACUAGCCUUUUGCAAAAUCAAGUUUUCUUUGGCAGGGAAUCCUCCGGUAGGCGUCUCGCACAGGAAGUGCUGCCCCACCUGGAAGUGCUUCCUCUCCCUGGCGCCGGGCUGGCCUGCCUCCUGCCCCGGGGUCCUGGCUCCCGCCGGGGCCUGUGGGCUGAAUAAACGUGAACUCAGGGA